UUUUUUUGAUAAAGUUGUUUGUUUGAUUUGUGGUUCAUCGUUUUGUCUGGUGUCCCUCUAUUUUCUUAGUGCUUUCGUUUUUUUUUUUGUUGUCGAUAUAUUUUUGUUUAUUUACUCAUUAUCUUGGGUGUGUGCGUGUCCUCCGUGAAGAUAUUGUCAUUUUUAUUCGCUAUGGCUGAAUGAAUCCGUUACAAACAGACCGAUCGACAGGCCAAGAACACACUAAAGGUUGACAUAAACAUGACAUCCAAUAAAUCAUUUCUGCAGUUUUAAGUUGUCUUGAUUGAUACAUAUUCAUUUAAAGGUGUCAUAUGAUUUAACUAUGAUCCAAUAGAUUUCUAUUAUCGAUUUAUUCUCAUCAUUAAUAUAAAUUUCAACUUAGGCGCAUCAACUCAUAAUUUCUUUCAUCAUCAACAAUUGUUGUUGUUCAUCGAAUCAUCACCUGUAACUCACUGAUCAUCAGAGAAAAGACAGAUCAUCAUUUGUUAUUUGUUGUCACACGAUGUACACACAUGGUGUAUGAUCGAAUUGUUAUCAGAUGCUCAAUUGCAUCUGUCAAUUUCAUUUCGUUGAAUACUGAUCAUCAUCAUUAUGAUAUAAUGAUGAUGGCCUAUGUUUUCAUGUUUAUACGUUUGUUUUGUCAAACAACUAUGACUGAAUUUUCAUCAAAAAAAAAAAUCUCAUCCCAUUGUAAUUUAACGUACGUCUCAUUCAAAUCAAAUAUUGUGCUUAGUUUGUAUGUCUUGAGUACGUGUGUGUGAAAAAAGAGAGAUCAUUCACACCGUAAAUUAUCUCGACAACAAUAACUGUGACCUUUUCAAUAAUUUUUUUAUCUGAUAAUAUACAUCAUCAGAAAAAAAACUGUGGACGAAAUGGUUCCGAAAAUUGACUAGACAUGAAUUGAUCAGUUACUUACCACGAUUUUCCCAUUUCUAUAUGUUGAUCAUUUGUUAUUUGUCUUUUUUUCGGCAUAUAAUAUUUCCGAAUCCUUUUUUUUCGAUCUUUUGAUGAAAUCAUUCAUUCAUUCAUUCAAUUUUAUUAUUAUACGAACACAUACUUUAUCGAUCAAUCAAUCAAUCAAUCUCAAUUUCGACAUUUCAUCUAUCUAUAAAUACAAUCAAAUAGCAAUCAGCAAAUAACGACAAUAAUCAACGACGACGAAUAAAAAAAAAGAAAAGAAAAAAUAACUUUCUCGGCAACAUUAUUACGGACAAUUCUUUUUUCCUUUUCCUUUUAUAUAUUUCGUUUGAUUGUAAUCCAUUCUAUCUAUUUAUCAUCACUUUAUCUAUCUAAUGUACGUGUGUAUGUAUUGAUUUGAAUCUGAUUUUCUCUUAAUUUUGGUCCAAGACUAAAUUCUCCGAAAAUCCAUAGUUCCGUUCUUAUUGGUGAUAUAAUCGGACAUCGGUUUCGAACAAAUAAACAACAUGAUAAUGUUUUACUACGAAGAAAAACCCUGUUUACACACUGUUUUUUUUUACUCAUCAAACAUCUAUUACCGCUAUUUCAUUCAUAUCCGCUCAACUUUAUAUAACUGUGUAGAGUUCUAGAUCCUAAAUUUAGAAAAUUCAUCAUCAACGCCAUCAAAAAAGAAAAUCUUUUCAAUUCAUAACAAUUUUCGUUGAGUUUCAUUAUUUUUACUACAUCAUACCAGCAGCAUUGCACACUUUACAUCACAUUAAAAAAAGUUGACAUCAUCUUAAGAUAGAUCUUUGUAUGCUUCGAAUAUGACUUGAAAAAAAUAUAUAAAUUUCAUCAUCAGCUAAAUCUUCAAAACCAAAUCAAACCAAAAAAAAAAAAAAUCAUCCAAAAAUUUCGAUUGCGCAAACAUUUAUCUCUAUUGAAGCCAAAUCCACUUUCAAUUCACCGGUUUAAUGUGAAAUUUUUCUUUUUCUCGAAAUUUUAUUUUCAAUAAUAAUAAUUUAACUCUUCCAUCAUCCACUAGUUGUCGUUUUGUUCACAUGUUCGAUUCGGUCUUCCAGUUUUUUUUUUUUGAUUUUGUGUCACAAAUAAAAAAUUCAGUACAUGUGUUGAUAUUUAACCAAAAAAAAAAAAAAAAUUAAUAAAUUUCCGCUAUAAUAGUCAUCAUCAUCAUUGACGCCAAAUUCGAUCUGGUUUGUCCUCGGAGAUCCGGAUCAUCACAGUAACCGUUAUUAAUUGACAUAAAGUUUACAGCAAAACAAAUAUAAACAUCGACAUCGAAUAACAACCACCAACAAAACAUAUACCAUUGCAGCCAUGAGCUGGGGAGAAGAUUUAUGGGAUCAAUACGAUAAUAUUGCAUCUCAUACAAAUAAAUCGAUUGAUUUAUUGGAUAAAUAUGGACAAUUUUCACGUGAUUUGGCCGCCGUCGAAAUUGAUUAUGCAGCCAAAUUACGAAGACUGGCCAAAAAUUAUCAAAUCAAGAGAAAAGAUGAAGAGGAUAAUAUGUGUACGGUGAUAAAAGCAUUCAAUAAAUCAUUAAAAGAAAUAACCGAUAUUGCCGGCCAACAUGAAAUCAUUGCAGAAGAGCUUUCAUUGAACAUUGUUAAAGAAAUCGGUACAGUUUUAAAAGAGCUCAAAGAUGAACGUAAACGAUACCUACAAGAAGGUACGAAAUUACAAAAUUCAUUGCAGCAAACGAUUUCCAUGUUGGAAAAAUCAAAACGUAAUUACGAGAAAGCGUUUCGUGAAUCGGAAAAAGCACAUGAAAAUUAUCUGAAAGCUGAUGCCGAUCUUAAUCUUUCACGUGCCGAAGUGGAAAAAGCACGAUUGAUUUCAUUAUCGAAAUCAUCAAUGUGUGAUGAUGCUAAAUCCGAUUAUGCAACACAUUUACAAAGGACCAACGAUCUACAGCGACAACAUUAUACGGAGCUUAUGCCUCGUGUAUUUCAUCAACUUCAAGAUAUGGAAGAACGUCGAUCACAAUGUAUACGAAACUAUAUUUUUCAAUGUGCUCAAAUUCGACAAAAAGUGAUGCCCAUCAUCGAAAAGUGUAUCGACGGUAUUGUCGAAGCAUCUGAAUUGAUCGACCCAAAAGAAGAUUCUCGACUAGUGAUAGAAAAAUAUAAAUCCGGUGUCGAUCCACCGGGCGAUUUUCCUUUCGAAGACCUUUCGAAUCCACGUUGUAUUGAUGAUUCAAUCAGUAACGGUGAUAGCUCAGAUGGUGCUAGUGUUCAUAGUUCAAACGGUAGUAAUGGACACAAUGGUUUAAGUCAUCAUAAAUCUUCAACUGGUUCGACAUCAUUACAUUAUUCGAAAUCUGUAUGUACGGAUACGUUCCGUGGAACGCUGUCAGCUGCAAAAUUUCGUAAACGUGGCGGUAUAUUCGGUAUAUUCAGUUCAAAUAAAUCUGGUCAUGAUGAAUCAAAGGAGGAUUUCUCUGAUUUGCCACCGAAUCAACGUCGUAAACGUAUUCAAUCGAAAAUUGAUCUCAUACAAUCUAAUAUUCAACAGGAGAAUGGUGUCAGAGAAGCCUUAUUAAAAAUGCGUCAAGUUUAUCAAGAUAAUCCCAAACUUGGUGAUCCACAAUUAGUUAACACACAAUUGACUGAAUGCAUGCAAAAAUUGGAAAAACUUGAUGCCGAUUUGAAAAAAUAUCAAACAAUGUUGUCUGGUGUAUUAGGAUCAACCCCUGCUCCCGGUUCACAAAAUAGAUCCUCGAUUUCAUCAUCGGCCACAAUACAUUCUACCAAUGUCUCAACAACUACAAUGAAUGGUGGCAAACAUUCCACACCAAAUGGACAAACGUUAAACAAUCAUCGUAAUAGUAUUUCCGAUAAUUCUAAUGAUUCAGUUUCACGUUCCGAAUCGGAAACAUCAUUACAUAAUCAUUCAAAUGGUUCUAAUGGAUCCCCUUAUGGUAGUAGCGGUGGUGGUAGUAGUGUUCAAACUGGUUUAAUGCAAGCGGCAAAUUCAUUGUUCAAUAAAUAUUCAAUCAAUCCUUCGGCAACAACGCCAACAAGUCCUUAUGCUAAAACUAAUGGAAAUAUGAAUGGAACUAGUACUAUGUCUACUAUCAAUGGUGGAUCAUUAAAUGGAAAUUUUGUCAAUGGAAAAGCGAAAUCCGAUCAAGAUAUUUCGCUAAACGAAUCCAGUCAUGAUGAUCAAACGACAGCACCAGGUGCGGAUGAAGAAGAUUUUGAAGAUACAAUAGUCGUGCUGGGCAUGGCUAAAGCUUUAUAUGCUUUCGAAGGUCAAGAUGAAGGUUCAAUUAAUAUGGAUGAAGGCGAAGAAUUUGACCUAAUUGAAUUAGAUCAAGGUGAUGGUUGGACUCGUGUACGUCGGCUACGUGGUGAUUGUGAAGAAGGUUUUGUUCCAACCACUUAUAUUGAAUGUAAUCUUUAUGACAAUAUGGCAAACAAAGGUCAUAUUGCGAUUACUGCCGGUAAUGGUACUGCAGCGACCACAACUGCAUAAUUAUCGAAUAACACACAUCUAGGGUUACCAGAUCCAGGGAAGACAGGAGGACAACUCCUUUCAGCAACUUUCUCACCUAACAAAAAAAAUUUUGUCCUCCUCGACCUACAACCCUACACACAUCAAUAAAAAUAAUCAUUAUCGACGAAAAUCGUGAUAUACUCAGCAUCAUCAUCAUCAUCAUCAUCAACAAUAAUCGACAAUGUCAGAUCAUCACAAUAAAAUAAGCAAGCCUAAACACUUGCAUUUACACACUUAGAUUUUAAAUCGAUCUUCACUAAUGAAAAAUAUAAAAUAAUAACUGAUCAAAUCAAAGCAUUUAGACACAAACACAUAAAAAAAGAUCUGUAUGCAUCUUGGAUUUAUGUAUCAUUUCAUCAUCCGGUUAACCUCAUUCAUUCUUCUCAAACUAAUAGAUCUAAAAUACUGGAAAGACAACAAAUUUUUUUUUGACUGUUAUCAAUUAUCUUAUGAAUUCUUUGUAUUUUUUCAAUAAUUUUUUUUUGCCUGUUUUUGUUUAAAAUUAUUUUUUUUCUUACAACUAUCCUCAUUUAUUUUCUGUUCAGCAAUAUUUCUAUUUAUUAUUUAACCAAUCAAAUUUUAUAAAAAAAAAUAUCAGGUUAUGAUAUAAAUGUAGCCUAUAAAUGUACGAACGCUCAAUCGUCACAUGUAAUGAUAAAUAACUGAGAUUAUUAUUUUUGUUUUUUUUGCUGCCUUUUUGAAAUGUAGAAGUUUGUAUCAGUAUGUUUUUGUGUAUAAUGUUCAAAAUAAUCAGCAAUUCAAUCGAUAUAA